CUACCACUGUGUUGCUUCACCAAUCUGUGCGCACCAGUGGUUGGCCUUCAAAUUCGUUUACAUCGAUGGUCAGCAUGAUGAUGGAAACCACUCAGAUAUUUGCCGGUCAAGGAUCAUUCAUGAAAACUUGAAGAACUUUAUCCUGUUCAAUUCGAUCUCUUUGAAGUUUGAUGGCCUAACGCCAAUGCUGCACACAUGGUAGCCCCCUGCAUCUACUACUCAAGCAAUUCCUUGGAUGACAGCGCGUUAUCAAACAUAUGAUACACUCCUGAAUCCUGAUAUCAACCUUGAAACACCGCCACGCGGUUUCAUCCUCAUCGCUGAAGAUGUGCUCCCAGCAUCAGCACCAGCCCCCAAACCCAUCAUCCAUUGUCACAGAAUAGAUGCUAAGCUAAGCUUAUUAUCCGUGGUUUCGGGAUAUAUAAUAUGGUGGAACCCUGAUGGAAUUGAUCUUGUCAGCAGCACCAAUGGCUUCCUCAACGCAAGAUCUCACUCCACAUCUUCACCUCGCUAACACAUUUGGGGCAAUUCUCAUCGGAGUUAUCAUUGCAGCAGUUCUCUUUGGUGUAACCAAUAUUCAAGCAUUCAUCUACUUUCGGACGCAUAGUGGCACAGGGAUAACAUUCUAUAAGCUAGUCGUCAUAUGGCUUUGGAUACUUGACGCUCUGCAUUUGGUCCUGAUCGUCCAUUGCAUCUAUUUUUAUUUAGUGAUCAACUACGGGAACGUUGUUGCACUCACAGAAAUUGUAUGGAGUGGCAAACUUCAGUCGGUAGUCGCCGUUUCUAGCAUCUUUGUGGAACAUCUACUAUAUCUCCAUCGCAUAUGGACAGUUAGCAAGGGCCGAUCAAGGGCUCUACCUAUCACGGUGGGCAUCGCCAUCGUCCUAACUUCGGGUCCAGCCACCGCCGUUAUUUGGUGCAUGUACCAGUUUGUCCAUAGCAUCAGCGAUUUGGUUCGAAUCCAGUGGGCAUUAUACAUGUAUUUGGGCACUGUCGCCUUCGUCGAUAUCUAUAUCGCAUCAUCGCUAUGUUAUCUCCUCGCUACGUCCCGUACUGGAUUCUCGAGGACGGACUUAUUCAUAACAAAGCUCAUGAAUUAUGUCAUUGAUACAGGUUGUUUGACGAGCAUGUGUUCAAUGAUAGCUAUCAUUACAUGCGCAGUAAUGCCGAAGAACUACAUAUUUGAAGCUGUCGAAUUUUUGCUGCUGAAACUGUAUGUCAAUUCGUAUCUCGCACUCCUGAACGUGCAGUACUACGUGCAGCCCAAUGCAGACAAAUCUGGAUUCCGCCACGGCGUCUACCACCCGAAGCUGCACGUUAAUGCAUCGCAGACCCGUGAACUCCGGGCAUCUCGGAAGAGCAUGUUUGAACAUCCCGAUGGUGAAGUAAUGCAUAUCACUCGACCUGUUCAGGCUGUCAUGCCACAGCGGCCCAUGGAGGUGACGAUGCAGAUGAAUUCUCUCCCCUCAGUGUGAUGGAAGCAUGGAUCAUCGUCUCCACAUACUGCGAGAUAAGUAGGAUCGGCCAAUCACUUGGACUGCUUGGUAAAUUUUCGAAUUGUAGUAUGACAUGGAGAGGUAUCAGUACGUACAACUAUUUCUUGGUGCGCCCCUAGUCGACCUCGGCGGAAUCGCACUUUACCGUGUAGGCUAGUAGCUCUAUCACAUUUGUGAUAACAUCCUCAUGCCGCGGGCGCUGCAGCCUCUUUGUUGUUAAAUAGGCAAUCGUGCGCCCGGUCACACCAGGCCGUGGAGAUGCAAGAUAGGAC